AUUAUAAUAUUAUUUUUAGUUUUAUUAAAAAUUUAAAAUUCCAAUAAUUAAUUGUAUUUAUUCAUUAAUUAUUUGAUAUUUAUUUUAUUUUCAAAUUGUAUAUUGUUUACUCAUGUAAUAUACCCAUGUGUUGUUGUAAUGUUUGAGAAUCUCCUGAAAUUUGGAGCUUAUCGCAAAGUUUCACAAAGUUAUAAUUUUUUAACGUUAAAACUAUGCAAUUUCAGUGUUUUAUGUAACAAUAGUGCUAGAAACCAUGGGAUUCUUAACUCAUGUGCAACUACCUUUUCCGAAUCUUCACCUAACUAUCCUUCCAAUCUAAACAACAAUUUACCAAAUUCAAAUGAUAUUAAAAGGAACUUGUUUAAUUAUUUUCAGUCUCGAGGUCCUAAAAUUGUGAAGCCGAAGGAUGUUAUUCACUUUUGGAAGAUUCGUCCUGGAGAUAAGGUAACCGUAAUCAGUGGAAAGGAUAAGGGUAAAGUUGGUGAGGUUUUAAUGUGUGACCGACUUCGAAACCAAGUAAAGGUAAAGGGCUGCAAUAUGAGAAAAUUACUUGUUGACUCCCAAAUUGUCCAGAUUGAGAAGAAAAUCCACUACUCAAAUGUUCAACUUGUAGACCAACUUUUAAAUGUAGGAACUAGAGUUUCUAUCCGGUACUCUCAUGAUAAUAAGCCACUAAGGGUUUCUAAGAAGUCUGGAUACGUGAUUCCUUGGCCAUCUAAAACUGUAUUGAGGGUGAGAAGGAUACAAGUCCUGAAGAGGCUUUAAAACGCACUUACGACUAUGAAAAGGAUCUCGCCUCUAUGAAUUUGCUGCGUCAAACCAUGUCAAAAUAUAAUCGGGACAUUAGCUAAGAAUAUGGAUGUUAACGAAAGUAUAAGAGACGUCAGUUAUAUUUUAAGUCUCCGAUACUGUAAACUUAAUACUUAACCGCUUAAACUAAUACACUAUACACUAA